AUGGCAAGCAUACACGUACCACCUUAUGCACCCCCUGCAGCCAUGUUCAAUACAGUCUCUGGAUAUGCAGGAACAGUGGCUGGCGGAGGCAGUAAGAAGCAUCAAUGGCAGCCCCCCCUUGCGGCAAGCAUCCACAUACCCCUAUAUGCACCCACUGCAGCCAUGUUCAAUAUAGUCCCUGGAUAUGAAGGAACGGCUGGCGGAGGUGGUGCGUAUAUUCCACCUCCCCCUCCAUCUGUACCGAUGCCUGUGCCUGAACAGGCCCCCAGCCCACCAGACUGGCAUAUACCCUCCAUCUCAGAGGACAGGGCACGUCAAGCUUUCGCAACGUACGUCUCCAGCAAGUGCUGCUAUAGUUCUGCCCCCGUCAGAGAGGGAGUCAUAACCAAUAUGGAGUCCUUUAAUACCUACAGUUAUCGUUUGGAGACAUUCAUGGAGCCCAGAUCUACUGAAUGGAGUCAGGAGCCUUACACAGGUCAGCCUGUGGAUGCUGGUGUUCAACCUGCUCCAGGUCCGUGGCAGAUUGCCGCUCAACCUCCGGCCUUCUUUCAAGAGCACAAGCAGACCAUUAAAGUGCCCUAUACUUCCUCAGUCAAGAACUGUCACUUGUGUCUGGGAAAGGGAAGAAACCCCUGUACCACCUGUGCUGGAGCUGGAAAUAGGGUCUGUACGUUGUGUAAUGGUUCUGGUUACCGUCAAUCUGAUGAAAGCUGUGUGAACUGCAACGGGCGCGGACAUAAAAACUGUAGUUCAUGUAGCGGCAGCGGCUCUUGCCAGUGUGACACCUGCCGUGGAAAGGGAAAGCUGAUCGUCUUCAUCAACCUCAAUGUUAAAUGGAGCAUAGAGAAGGAUGAAUUCGUAGCGCAAGAUUCAAGUGGUCUGAGAGUGGAAAAACUGGAGGAGGUUUCAGGGAAGGAGCUCUUCAAAGACGCCCAGAAUAUGGUCUAUCCAGUGAGGGGCUUUCCAGAUGUUUCUGUUGCACAAGCUUCUGAGCGCUUUGUAAGAGACCAUCAGGUGAAAAACGCCCAAACAUCUCGCAUAUUACAACAGAGGCAGACAAUCGAGCUCAUUCCCAUAACCAAAGUGAACUACAUGUGGGAAGGAAAGCCUUAUGUUUACUAUGUGUAUGGAAAUGAGUUUAAAGUGAAAGCUGUUGACUAUCCCGACCAAUGCUGCUGUUCUGUGAUGUAA